GCAAUCGCCCUGGGUCUGUUCUAAGUUUCUUAACUAUUAAGGGAAUCGGAAUCCGAAUCCGAAUCCGAAUCGAAUUAGAGAGGACCGUUUUUUUUCCCUUAAAGUAUCACAAAUCAACCUGGAAUAUCACUACUCACUAAUCUAUCAGGCUCCGUUUUCUCCAGUCGAUACCAGUGAAAGAGAGGCACAGCCGCAUCGCCGCAGACCGUAGUGACAGAGACGGAGAAACCUACCUUCGGAAGCGGAACCCUUGAAAUACAGUCGUUUCCUCUUCUUCAUCUGCCGCCACUAGCCAGACACGAGUUUCACGAUCCACGAUUUGCGAAACCCCAACAGAUAUUGCUGUUCGGUUACUCCUCAUUCCUCACAAAUUCAAAUUCGUUGAAGAUGGAACCACACAAUUUCAAAUUCGCCAGAGUUCCCAGAAAAGCGUCUGCCGUAAAUCUUUAUGAGGAACAAAAAAAGGAAGCUGCUUUUUUAGCUAGGAAGCAGAAGACUUGUGCACUGAUAGAUGCAGAUGAUGAUCAUGCUAGUUCUUCUGGUACGGCUGCUUCUCUGCCCAUUAGAGAAGACCCACAAAAGAAACGUUUCAGGAAGAAAAUCGAGACUCAAGAACACGACGAGGCCAAAGUAGAGAGACGAGUUAAGAAACGACGGACUUAUGAAGAUGAUGAUAGUUCAGAGUCAGAAGAGGAGAGGUUGCAAGACCAAAGGGAGAGGGAGCAACUAGAGCGAAAUAUAAGAGAACGUGAUGCUGCAGCAACGAGGAAGUUCACUGAGUCGUCAAAAUUAUCUCGGAAAGAAGAGGCAAUACGAAGAUCGGAUGCCUUGGAGAACAAUGGCAUUGAUACUUUAAGGAAGGUGUCGAGACAAGAAUACUUGAAAAAAAGAGAGCAUAAGAAAUUGGAACAACUCAGAGAUGAUAUAGAGGAUGAACGAUAUUUGUUUGAGGGUGUUAAGCUCACUGAGGCAGAGCAUCGUCAACUCAGAUACAAGAAGGAGAUAUACGAGCUUGUAAAGAAGAGGUCAGAAGAGGAUGAUAAUACUGGUGAGUACAGGAUGCCUGAAGUCUAUUACCAAAUUGGAAAGGCCACGCUGAAGUUUGGUUCAAAAAAUAGCAAGGAAAUCUCGGAUGACUAUGAGUUUGUGUUCGACAACCAUAUAGGUUUUAUCAAGGCAUCAGUGAUGGAUGCAGAUAAUUACAACGACGAUGAGGUGCUAAAAGAAUCAGUUGAGAACUUAAGGACAACAUCAGCUCUGGAGAAGCAUCAGGAGGAGAGAAAAACGUUACCUAUAUAUGCUUAUCGGGAUGAGCUUCUCCAAGCAGUUAAUGACCACCAGGUUAUUGUUAUUGUUGGGGAAACAGGUUCUGGGAAAACCACACAGAUACCACAGUAUCUUCAUGAAGCUGGUUAUACAAAGCGUGGAAAGGUUGCUUGUACACAACCACGCCGAGUUGCUGCUAUGAGUGUUGCUGCCCGAGUGUCUCAAGAAAUGGGGGUCAAACUUGGCCAUGAGGUCGGUUACUCUAUUCGAUUUGAGGAUUGCACGUCAGAUAAAACAAUUUUGAAAUAUAUGACCGAUGGUAUGUUGCUGCGUGAGUUUCUCUGCCAGCCGGAUUUGGCAAGUUACAGUGUGGUGAUGGUGGACGAGGCACAUGAAAGAUCUUUGUCGACUGACAUUCUAUUUGGAUUAGUGAAGGAUGUAGCCCGAUCUCGACCAGAUCUAAAGCUGCUUAUCUCAAGUGCUACACUUGAUGCGGAGAAGUUCAGCGCUUAUUUUGAUUAUGCUCCGAUUUUUAAAAUUCCAGGGAGGAGAUUUCCGGUUGACAUACAUUAUACCAAGGCACCGGAAGCUGAUUACAUUGAUGCUACUAUUGUUACGGUGCUCCAAAUCCAUGUAACCCAGGAGCCCGGUGAUAUUUUAGUCUUCUUAACGGGUCAAGACGAAAUCGAAACAGUUGAAGAAAUUUUGAAGCACAGGACAAGAGGGCUGGGGACAAAAAUCGCGGAACUUAUUAUCUGCCCUAUCUAUGCCAACUUACCAACUGAACUUCAAGCCAAAAUAUUCAAACCUACUCCUGAAGGGGCACGCAAGGUUGUUCUUGCAACAAAUAUUGCAGAAACCUCAUUAACAAUUGAUGGGAUCAAGUAUGUCAUUGAUCCAGGUUUCUGCAAGAUGAAAUCUUAUAACCCAAGGACUGGGAUGGAAUCUUUGCUGGUCACUCCUAUCUCUAAGGCUUCAGCAAAUCAACGUGCUGGUCGGUGCGGACGAACAGGUCCAGGUAAGUGUUUCCGUUUAUAUACUGCUUACAAUUACCAUCAUGAUCUAGAUGAUAAUACGGUACCAGAAAUACAACGAACCAAUCUUGCCAGUGUUGUCCUAACCCUGAAGAGUCUUGGUAUUAUUGACUUGCUACACUUCGACUUCAUGGACUCACCACCUGCUGAAGCAUUACUGAAAGCAUUGGAAUUGCUUUUUGCAUUAAGUGCCUUAAAUAAGCUUGGUGAAUUGACGAAAUUGGGUAGACGAAUGGCAGAAUUCCCUCUUGAUCCCAUGUUGUCUAAAAUGAUUGUCACUUCUGACAAGUAUAACUGCUCAGAUGAGGGGCAAUGUUGGUGACCAUAUUGCUUUGCUCAAGGUCUACAAUUCUUGGAAGGAAAAUAAUUACUCAACACAAUGGUGUUAUGAAAAUUAUAUUCAGGUUAGGAGUAUGAAGCGCGCCAGAGAUAUCAGAGACCAAUUAGAGGGACUAUUGGAGAGGGUUGAAAUUAAAUUAUCAUCCAAUGCAAAUGAUUUAGAGGCUAUAAAAAAGUCAUUAGUAUCUGGAUUUUUCCCUCAUUCUGC